ACUACCCCAGCACACUGGCAGUUUGUAAAAAAGUCUUGGCAGUAUGAGAGUAAAUACUCAAGUCACAGUAAAAUAUGUUCUAUUAAAAAAUGUGCACUUGGCGGGAAACUCGUGUAAACAAAUAAGACAAAUUCCAAUAAAUUCAUGUUUCUUGAUGACUUGGUCAUUGAAAGUCGGAAAUAACUGUAAUAAGUGAGUCUAUUGUGACGUGACAAUGAUAAAUGGAAGUUGUAAUGAUGCUUCGACAAACGCGCCGCGGACAAGCAGUAGUGAAAAUAAUCAAAGAGAUUCAUUCGUUAUUUCGAGGUGUCGCAGAAAUACUGAAGUAACAGUGAAUAACGUCGAUACUGAUAACGACUCCACUGAAGAAACCGACGUGGAGGAGAAAUUACUGACGGUGUACUGCCGAGCAGGCAAGCUAGGAGCCGCCUACUACACCAUACAAACUGGAGAGCUUCACAUCCUAGAGGAGCUUCCAGACCGAGCCUCAGAAUUCCUCAUGUUCCGAAACUUGUUCCGACAAGUCGAACCCCUGCAAGUCCUUCUGGAUGGACGGACUCAAAGUGCCUUCGUCACAGCUGUAAAGAAGACUGUGUUUGCUGAUGGUGAGGAUGGAGGGAAAUGCAAGUUGGUGUUCCUGGCUUCUAAGGAGUAUAGCUUCGAAGCGUGCAAACGUCGUAUCUACCUGCUAUCCCUACCAACUGAACCAAAAAACUGCACCGACGAAGAGAGAACUCUGUUCCUUAGAACUGUAAUAGACUUUAACCAGACCCAAACGGUUCAUGCUUUGGGGGCCCUGCUUAAAUAUCUAGACCUGAACUGGUCGAAUUUGAAUCUGGAUCUGCAGAGCAAGCCUCAGUUUUUGUGCUUGAGAAGGAUAUCUUUGAAAGACAUAGUAACAAUUGACGAAGACACGUAUCGUGGUCUCCAAAUAUUCAGCACUAUUUCCCACCCAAGCAACUUCAAAAAAGGAGUCCAGGGCAGCAAUAAGGAGGGUUUAAGCUUAUUCUACAUAUUUAGCAAAUGCUCAAGCAAAGUUGGACAGAAGAUGAUGAGAGUACUAAUGCAGCACCCAACUACUGACUUGGAGACAAUAAGGCGUCGUCAGGACGCCGUGGAGUUCUUCAUGAAGCCGCAAAGCGACACUAUCAUGAGAAACAUGUGCUCUUCGCUGAGGUUCAUCAAGAAUGUUAAUGGCAUAUUGACAAAAAUAAAGGAGUUGUCUGCCAAACCCUACCAAUGGAAGUCACUUUACAACACUUUGUAUAACGCAGUAUUGAUUUGUGAGAUGUGUGAGAACGCAGCAAAAUCCAGCGAGUUUCUUGAACAACUCGCCAAUUUUGACAACAACAAACUUUAUGAAAUGGCGUUAUACAUGAACAGGAUAAUAGAUUUCGAUUUAUCGAAGACAGAACGAAAGUUCACCGUCAAAGCAGGAGUUGACCAAGAACUUGACAUGAAAAAGCAAACCAUGGCCAGCCUCCACACCCUAAUGUCCGAGACAGCCAAAGUUGAACUAGAGCGACUUCCCCCCUUCGUAGAAGAAUGCACUAUGCUCUACAUGCCACACCUGGGCUACCUGCUCGGAGUGAAGAUCUGGGCCGAAGAACUGACCAUGGAACAGAAACAACUGCCUGAUAUGAAGUUCAUGUUUCAGAACAAUGACUACAUUCAUUACAAGAGCAAAGGUUGUGAAGAACUCGACGUGAUGAUAGGCGACACGUACCCCGAGAUCGUGGCGCACGAAACCCGCAUCAUGCUGCGUCUGACCGCAGUGAUUCUGGAUAAUCUCAACACAUUAGCGGCUUGUGUUGAUGCCUGUGCUGAGCUGGACUGCCUCAUAGCAAUCGCCAAAGUGUCGAAAGAGUACAACUUCGUGCGCCCCACAAUGUCUCCUGAAAAGAUUAUUGACAUCAAAGAUGGCCGACAUCCGCUGCACAUCCUAACCACUGAUAACUUCGUGCCCAAUGAUGCUCAGACCAGCGCUGGAGCGUGCGCGAGAGUUCUUACGGGGCCUAAUGCGAGCGGAAAGUCUGUCUACAUGAAGAUGAUCGGCCUCAUCGUAUACCUAGCCCACAUCGGUAGCUUUGUCCCAGCUCGAGCGGCCACCAUCGGUAUAAUCCGCCACAUCAGGUCACGCUUGCAGACCGCGGAAUGUGUAGCGACCCACAUGUCUGCUUUCCUCAUCGACCUCCAACAGAUGGAGCUAGCCCUCCAAGAAUCCACAUCUGACUCCCUAAUCCUAAUAGACGAGUUCGGCAAAGGCACCUCCGAGGUCGACGGUCUAUCCCUACUAGCAGCCUGCCUCAAUACGUUCCUGUUCCAAGGAGACGCGUGUCCGCACAUCUUCCUGGCCACACACUUCCUCGAUAUCAGGGACUAUAUCGUGGAAACUCCGCUGGUGAAAUUUUUGAGUUUCGAACACGUAAUGGACGGAGACGCCCCAGUAUUCCUCUUCCGAGUAACGGAAGGCUGCGUCGACAGCAGCUUCGCUCUUCAAGUGGCCCGCGCCAGUGGACUAGACGGCAGCGUGCUGGACAGGGCCGGUGAAGUUGCGGAUAGUAUGAAGAACAACGGCCUGCCACCGCCAAACAAGAGAAUCACUGCAAAACUGAAGGCAUUUACAGAAAUAAUAAAAUCAGAUCUCGCCGAAAACAUUUAAUAAUAAAAUUUGCUUAUAAA